AUGGUGGGUCUCGUGGGUGUAGCUACAGUCGUGUGCAUGCAUGAGAAGAGGUCCAUAAUCCCCCUCCACAAUCAGCUAUGCAUGGCGACAAUAAUCUCUGCGUGGCGCAUGGUAGGAGCCAAAAAACAGCUCCACGACAACCUCUGCAUGGCCAUCUCAGGCGGCGAUGUGGUUGGAUCUUCACCGGCGGCCAUCAACUUCAGUGUGACCUUGUCCCACCAACAGCUUGCUUGGUAUCUUGUCGGAGGAACACCCAGGCUGUAUCUUAGGGGCAUCGUCAAGUUCGCCGUCAGCUUGUCCUACAAAGAGCUUCGUUCAUAUCUUCUCCCACAGGUAUGGUUCAUAUGUUGUUUUCCAUGGUUGCAACCUCGAAACCGAUUCUACUCGGUGUUGUACUCCAUGCAUGGUUGA